CUUAUUUUAAAAAUAUUGGCUGAACUCAUAAAACUGUUUUCAUUAUAACAUUUAAUUUGAUGACACAUUCAUAUAAAUAACAAUUAUAUUGCAAAUAAUGAAAACUUUUUUAAUACUGUAUUUGUCGCUCAAUUUGUUCACAAUUCGCUUAGUUUUGGCAAACGUGGAGACAAGUGAUACUAAUGAAGACAUGGAUGAACCACUAAAUCAACUGAAGAAUUCAAACGCCAGUCCUUUUCGGAAAAUCUUAAACAGUCUUCCGGGGAUACGAUUGGGAAAAAUCGGUCAAAAUAUAAAUCGCGAUAAUAUUGAGACUUUAAGACAAGUUAUUCAGGCGUCGCCUCAAAUAGAUUUGCAACAGUUGUCCACUUAUACCGUUCCGCCAGUUCUCGAGCCUAACUGUUAUGUCGAAGUCCAAGUCAUCCAACGUAUGCCCGGAAAAUGUACAAAAUUGGCCGGAAAUGUACCGGCGUGUCAGGCACAAGACUUUAUUUCAUUAGAUUAUAAUUCGUGUAAAUAAUAUUUACUUUUAACAUUUAAUUUAACUAAUAAUAAUUUUAACUUUUAUCUAUAACUAUAUCUUUACUAAUUAUUAAUGACAACUAUA